AUGGGCACCCAAACUAUAGAAGAAGCAUCAGAAUUGUAUACAGAUGGAUCCAGAUUCUGGAGCUCUGAAAAAGGGUGUUUUGUGACAGGAUGGGCAAUAUACAAUGCAGAGACCAAAGAACAUAAGAAGGGUAGUCUCCCAGGGGGAUGCUCAGCACAAAAAGCCAAACUAGAAGCAGUUAAACAAGCCUUGUUAUUGCCCAGACCUGUAAAUAUUUAUAUAGACAGUGAAUAUGUAGUCCGAGUCUUAGCAUCAUCUCUUCCCAUUUGGGCAAGGAGAGGUUUGAUUACAGCUGGUGGUAAACCAAUCAGUCACCAGGAAGUGUUGACAGCAAUUUGGAGUUUAAUAAAAGAUGACAAUCCUUCUACAGUGAGUAUAAAUAAGGUCAAAGCUCACACCAAAAAUGAGGUACACAGUCAGGCGAAUAAAAUAGUAGAUCGGCUAGCAAAAUAA